UAAAAUGGCGUCGUCGAAGGAAACCUAUUGCUUGUGCGGGCAGCCGUAUAAUGUUGGACAAUUUAUGAUAGAAUGUGAUUGUUGUCGUGAAUGGUUUCAUGGCAGCUGUGUGGACGUCAAAAUAUAUCAAUCUGAUGACAUAGACAAGUACCACUGUCCAAAAUGCGCCCAAACAUACGGAUCUUCAGUGUUAAAAAUUCCAACAAACAAUCACCGGGCCGACAGGUACGAGCUCGGGGCGGAGUCAAGACCAUCACAGGUUGGCACCCCAGCAUGGGUCAGAGCGUUAGCCGCCAGGGCUCCACGACCUUCGGCUCAGGCGUUGCAGCAGAUGCGGGCUGAACAAUUCACAGAGGAGUUUGUUAGAGAUAAUGGUUUUACCAAGCCGGUAAUAUUUCAUUCACCGGAAGGUCUAGAUAUGAAAAUGCCAAAUCCUAGUACGUUUACAGUAAGAUCGGUCCUGAGGUUCUGUGGAGCACAAUUAGAAGUGGAAGUCAUAGACGUAAGGAAACAGUCGACGCAGAGGAUGUCGCUGGCAGAUUUCGUUGACUAUUUCGAGACUCCGCCCGAGCACCGAGACGAGAAGGUCCUGAACGUACUGAGCCUAGAGUUUUCUGAAACAAAACUGUCAGGGCUGGUGAACCCGCCCCACGUGAUCACCCGGCUGGACUGGGCGAGCCGCGCCGUGCCGCCGCACGAGGUGCUGCGCCCCGCCGUGCAGAAGUACUGCCUGGUGUCCGCGGCCGGCUCCUACACGGACUUCCACGUGGACUUCGGCGGCACCACGGUCUGGUACCAUGUGCUGCACGGACGGAAGAUAUUCUAUUUGAUACCACCGACCACCACGAACCUGGCGCUGUACCAACAGUGGUGCUCGUCGAACAAUCACAACGAAAGGUUCUUCGGUGACAUGGUGGAAUGGUACGGCACGGUGGAGGUGUCUGCGGGACAGACCCUGUUCAUCCCGAGCGGCUGGGUGCACGCCGUGCUCACGCCCUGCGACUCCCUCGUCUUCGGCGGGAACCUGCUGCACUCCUACGCGAUCGAGAUGCAGCUGCAGAUUUAUGAGAUUGAAAAAAGAGUGGAAACUCCUACGUUGCUGCGUUAUCCGCUGUUCGAGGCGAUGCACUGGUACGCCGGUGCUCAUCUACUCACCAUGCUCAGGAGACACAACGAGGAGAUUCAGGACGAAGACUUUAUUAUAAGCGAGAGCUGCGUACAGACCGCGCCGGCCCAGCUGCCGCCCCUGCUGCUGCGCGGCAUCAAGAUACUGGCCAACGCUUUGAAGGAAUGGCACGCUCUUAAAAGUACGGACACCUCAAAACGUGACAACGUCCCAAAACGAUUGAACUCUGGACAGCUAGUACGAGAACUGUGCAAGGAGCUGAGGACUCUGGAGAAGCGACUGUUGAGCAGCUCUAGUAAGGAUAAGGAUUUCAAAAUCAAAAGUCAAUCAUCGCCCAACAAAACCCUAAAGAAGCACUCUAGUUCCACAAGAAAGCCCUUGAAGCUGACUUUGCCCAAACCGAUAAUGCAUAUGACUCCAAACGGCGACUUCAUUGAAGAGAAAAUCUAUUCGGAAAAAUUCUACAUAGACAACAAAGAUGGCGGCUACCAAGACAGGUAUUUGCAGAACGUAGAGUACUCGAAUGGGUUGCCAGAUGUCAAAUAUUUAGUCGAAGGCAAAGAGAUGGUGUUGCCAGAAAAAUAUGCAUAUCAGAAUUACGAAGAGGUUCAGAAUUACUCUGAGGCUAAUGGUUACGUGGAGAGGAGCGAUAAAAAAGUUUUGAAGAUUAAAAUGAACAACUCGCCGUCGUCAUCCCGAGACGAGGCUCCACCCCCUUACCCUCUUCCGGAACAUUCCAUUCUAAAGUCCCACCUUAUCCGAGCAGAGCCGCCAGGCCUGAAGCCGAUAAAUCAGUGGACGAUAUCCAAGAAGGACAUCGGGGACUACCACGAGGAGCAGAUACUGUUCACCAACGAGAACGUGCAGGCCAACGUGCGCGUCGACCCGCAGGACGUCGGCUACGGCGCGGGGAUGUACUCAGCUGAGGACAUGCAGCCGGAGUACCAGUACCCGGAGACUGCCAAGCCGGGCUCGUUCCAGGACUACACGUUCAGGCCGCAGCACGUGUCCUACUCCGUGCCUAACUACCAGCGGUUCGCGGACGGGCCCGCCGCGCAGGAUCAAAAUUACAAUGAAGUUACGGUGCAAGACACGCUGAACGGGUCGUACCAACAGAACCAGCUACCUUCAUACGACGUGGCGAUAGCACAACAGUACGGGACCAGUAAUUAUGUGGUGGAAGAGCAGAAGACGGCCGCGCCGGCGCCGGUGCGUCGCUCGGAGCGGCCGGUCCGGCGCCGCGUGUCCAACACGUACGACUACGAGGACUGCGACCUGUACAUCGACGAGACGCCGGCCCCGCGCCGGAGGAAGCCCUCCGGCAAGAACAAGACGCACUACAAACAGAGCCCCGCAAAUGUCCCGUCCAACAACAACUACAGGCAGGCCGCCAUACCGGCGCCGGCCAACGGUAUCGAGUCGCUGAUACAAGCUUCAGUGUUGGCUGAAGAAGAGGAGCAACCGGUUGACGCUACGGAGGACGUGGCGGUGGCCGGCAUGCUGAGUAUAAGCGAACAGCGCUACACGGCUCCCCGGACCUUCGGGCUGGCGGCGCACCGGGACCUCGCGCCCUCCACCUCGGCGCAGGACAGCAGUAGCAGUACACCGAGUGGCAGUAAAAGAACGCGGAAACCGGCUCCCAUCGCCGGCCACUCCGAUGAGGACGUAGCCGAGGAACAAGACAUCAUCAAGGAGGUGCAUCGAGACGAAGAGUACGUGUAUCCAUCGUUAGAAAUGAGUUCGGAUGAGGAAGACGACUGGGCGCUGUCGCGGCGGCGGCGGACCUCCAGGAAGGUCGAUAAGACCAAGGGCGAUAAGGACGAGGCGUGGUCGCCGCGCGCCCGCCUGGGCCGGCUGGUGCCGCGGCUGCGCGGGCCCGCGCGCGCCGGCGUGCGCCGCGAGUGCGUGCGCGCCGCGCUGCACCACGCCGCCGCGCGGGACGACCUCGUGCAGAACGCGAAACGCGCCGUGCUAGCGACCAAGAGCAGACGGCCGCCGCCGCCCGCGCACGCCGCGCCCAGCAACAAGAAUAUAAGACUGAAAAAAGGCAUGAAAACCGCCAAACAACGGUUAGGAAAAAUCCUUAAAAUACACAAAAUGAUAUAUUAAUUAUAUUUUAAUAUUUAAACGAUUUUUUUUAUCAGAUUACUGUUGGAUUCAUAGAACUAAUAAUACAGUCAUUACGUACAUAAAAUACGUAAUAUUAAUAACUGAAGAUCUACAAUGCCAUUUAUUAAAUAUUAUGUAAGGUUCCAAAACGUAACAAGUCCUUAACACAGAGCAAUGGAAAAUGACAUAUAAUUUCUGAAAUAAAUAAAAACGAGUAGAUAAGAGAAAUAUAAUAUAAAUUUUAGUGUAAUAACGGUGCAAAUUCGCGUAGAUGCGAAUUUGAGACUUGUUACCUUUUGGAAUCGAGGCAUUGUCGAUUGUCAGUCUCUAUAGUCGCUGCGGCUACAGAGGAUUCUAAUUUUG